CUUGAAUGAAAGUUUCAUUGCACCUGAUCUUAGCCUUAGGCUUAGGAUCCUAGCUGCUCAAGGCGCUUUUAAAAUCCUUGAGUCUGGACAAAGAUGCUGCUGAUACGUGCAAGAUUAUCUUAUGUCCUCAAGGCGAGCUCAGCAUUUCGCAAUCUGGCAUCCAGCAAGUUGAAAGAGCCUGGUUAUUGCCUCUGAUUGUGAUUUCUCUAUCCCCGGACUUCUUGUAGCGCCAGAAGAUUCAGACAACCACCAAGGGGAUUGGAGUGGUGUCUGUUCAUAGUGGGCACCAACAGUCGGUCUGUGCGCUUCGAAAGCAUAUCUCAAACUGCAUCUCGUACUGCUGGCGAUUAGAAGGUUUCUCUGAGGCAAUUCGCGGUGGUUUCUUUUAGUUUGCGUCUGCAACACAACUAUGUCGAAUGUGUAUGUCGUAGAGCCACCAACGAAAGGGAAGGUGGUGUUCACAACCACCUACGGCGACAUUGACAUCGAGCUAUGGGCGAAAGAAGCGCCAAAGACGGUACGCAACUUCGUGCAACUGUGCCUGGAGGGUUACUAUAAUGGCACUGCUUUCCACCGGGUCAUCAAGGACUUCAUGAUUCAGGCUGGGGAUCCUACCGGCACUGGAGAAGGGGGUGAGUCUAUCUACGGGGGCUACUUCCCUGACGAGUUCCACUCCCGCCUGCGCUUCAAGCACCGGGGCCUGGUGGCGAGCGCCAACGCCGGAACGCCUGACACCAACAACUCACAAUUCUUUGUGACGCUCGACCGAUGCGACUGGCUGGACAAGAAGAACACCAUCUUUGGGAAGGUGACUGGUGAGACAAUCUACAACGUACUGAAGAUUGGCGGUCUGGAGGUGGAUGCAAACGACCGCCCCAUCGAGCCGCCCAAGAUCAUCUCAACGGAGGUACUUUGGAACCCGUUCGACGAUCUCGUACCUCGGCCGGAGAAGCUAGCGGCCGCAAAGGCCGCGCAGGAGGAGCCGCAAAAGAAGCCUCGAAAGAAGGAGAAAAAGAACCUCGCGCUCCUGUCUUUCGGUGAGGACGCAGCAGAGGAGGAUGCGGUGCCGGCGGUCGUUCCCGUAAAGAUCAAGAGCGCGCACGACAUCCUGGACGAGAAGCGGCUCCUGAGAGAAGAAGCGGAGGGCGAAGAAGCUGAACUGGAGCCGGAGGAAGCUCAGCGGCGGCAGGCCCUCAAAAGCAGUGUCCGCCAGGCGCUGGGCGGCGCUUCGAAAGUCUCGAAGUCGAACGAGGACGAGGGGAACGAAGGCGAGACGGAUCACGAUUUCGAUGCACGCAUGCGGCGGCAGGUGCUGGACCGGAGACGGAAGAUCGGGGUACCCGAGCCGGCGAAGAAGCCGGAACGGCCGAAAGUAGAAAGAAGGGACGACCCGUCACCCUCAGCAGACGCCAGGGAAGAAGAGUCGGAUACGGAUGGGGACUCUGGGGAUGACGGCCGGCGAAAGGUAGAUCCGCUGAAGCUGCGGCGGCGGAAGGAGAUGCUGGGGUCGGCGGCACGGGCGGAACUGGCGGAACAGCGGAACGAGGACCUGCAGAUGCUGACGCCGCUCGAGCAACAGCGGGCCAAGUACAAGCAGAAAAAGCGGGCGAUCGGGAACAGGGAGGCCGAGACACUCGCGAAGCUCGCCAAGUUUAAGGGCUUCCUCUCGGGGGCGGCCAAGGGAGCCCCGGGGGAGCCGCCUGGUAAGAAACUUGCGCUCGGGAGGGACGAGGAAGAGGACGAAGAGGACCCGGGGUGGCUCAACCAUUCGCUCGAGUUUGCCCCAGACCCAAAGUCAAAGGCGAAGGAUAACAUGGCCCGGAACGACGACCCCGACCAAUACGCUGUGGUAGACCCUUUGUUGGCGAAAGGCAAGGACGCAAAGUUGAGCAAGUUGCAAGCGCAGAUGAAGAAGCGAAGUCGAGAGUGGGGGAAGACGUCUGGCCUGAAAGGGUAAACUGAACUUGACCUAUUUACGAUCACCAUGUUAAGGUCGAUCGUCACUCUGGUGUUGUCGUCCGCACCGACAUCCUAGACCCUGCG